AACAUAGGAACAGCUGGGAGCACCCAAGACACUGGCAGUUGGAAAAGUGAUGGAGGACAAGUAGGACCUCGGGGGCAAGUAAAAGCAAGAAGCACUUGAAAAAGGAUAGAAAUGUUAAGAUGACCUGGAGGGAAGAAAAAGAGAUUUGGGAGAAGAGCCAUGCCCAAAAGACCAGCAAAAGGACUUUUCCAAUGGAAUCUGUUCUAAUGCCCCAAGUUCCACGUGGCAAUUACUUGCAUCUUCAGGAAGAGAAGCAAAGACUACAGCUCAAGAAAUUCCUUCUUCAUAGGAUGUUUCUUGUGGCCAAGAUAACAGCAAACACAGAAAAAAAAAUUAUUGCUGACUACUAUGAACAAGUGCUUCAGUCAACUUUAAAACUUCACAAAGGAGAAGCAGUGACGGGGUUUUUGCUCAUCUAUCCUACUUCUAUUCUGCAUAUUCUUGAGUCCUCCAGUGAUACGCUUUACCAAAUUCUUUUAGAUCAUCUUGACCAGAAAAAGAAUGACACGGAAUUUUUUAUCCAUGGGAUGAAAAUUAUAGUUGUGUCCCAUAACAUCCCGACAAGACUCUUCAUGCAAUGGCAUGUAUCAGAAAUAAAAGCUCCAGUCAUGUAUCUCGAUGAUGUCACACAGACACAGUCCCUAGAAGAGGUCCUCACCGAGUUUCUCACCCAGACUCAUAAACUGGCAAUUCACCUUUUAAAGACUGUGAAAGUGAGUGCUAAAGGACCAGGGGAUAACUUGCACCAACUAGCACCUGAAUUGCUCAUCCCAGAACAAAUAAUCAAGUACUUGUGCAAAUCUGAAGAAUUCAUGGAUCCAGAAGCUUUCCUAAACAUGUAUAAUAAACCCAUACAUAUCACUUUGGAUUCUGAGGUGGUAUGGCCUGCUCCUUCCCAUUUCUAGGAUUGAGAGAGAUGUGGUUAAUGUGGUCCAAUCUCUCAAGGAAUUGAUGCUACUUAAAUAAAAAGAAAACACUUCUGAGGGGACUCUUCUCUUGAAGAAAGAAAGGACCAUACGCCACAAUAUACACAAAGGUAAUACAUGAAUCUUUACUGAGUAUGUUGAGCUAAACUUGAAAAUAUACAUUUAUUCUGACAGCAAGUUCAACACAUUGUUUUAAUAAGUGGAUGGGGUUUAAUAAGUUAAGGGUUGCUCAAAAUUUAACAUCAUCUUGAUGAAAUGACAAUUUUUUAAAGAGGAGUAUAGACAAUAAAGGAUACAUUCAGAUUCA